UCCGCGUUUGGCGGCGGGCCUCACUAUGCAUCCUCGUCCGCGUCGUCCGUUUACUCUCUCCUGCUGCCGUGCACUUGCCUGUUCCUGGGCAGCAGUGCUGGUGCUGAUGGUGAUGGAAACGGGGAUGAGGCGGUAGGAGAGGGAGAAGGCGCACAACAGAACGCCGAGAAAAGCAGACGGUUUGGGCCUCGAGAUUCGGCAGGAAAAGCGGAUACAAGUGCAGUGGAAACCGCAGGGGAAGGGGAGGAGGUAGACGGGGAGAAGACAGGGCGCGGGAGUGUUGCGGGGCAGGAGGGAGAGAAAGAAGAGGAGGGAGAGGGAGGGGUAGAGAGCCAGGCGGAAGGGAAGUUGAGGGAGGCAGAAGCGAUGCUGGAAGGUGUAGGGAAGGAGAGGGAGAGGCGGGAGGAGAAGCACUUGGAUGAGAUCAUGAAGAGGCUGAAUGGUGAGGGGGAGGAUGAAAGGGCGGGUGGGGGGGACGGGAAGAAGAAGAAGAAGAAGAAGAAGAAGAAGGGGGCAGACGAGGAGGAGGAGGAGGUAGUUUCUGGGAAGAAAAGAGGGGAAGGUGGCAGUAAUAAAAGGCAGGAGGAAGAGGAGGAAGAGAGCAGCGAAGGCGAAGGCAAGGAGGAGGAGAUUAUUGAUGAGCUUUUGAAAGGGAUAGGUGGAGGAGAUGAGGAGGAGAAGGAGAAGGGAAGAGAUGUUGGGAAAGGAGGCAAGGGGAGUGAGGUGGAGGAAGAGGAGGGUCACGGUGGUGCUGAAAAGGGUAGCAGCAGUGGUAGCAGCAGUGGUAGCAGCAGUGGUAUCAGCCAGAGCGCUGAGCAUGGUGAAAAAGACCCAAUCAGGGGAAUGCAUGAAGGGGAUGACUCGAUAAUCAAGGCUGCUGAGACGGAGAAGGGUGACGGGGAGGGGGAGCAUGCAGAGGAGGCGAGAGAAGGUGGGGGCCUAGGGGAGAAGCGAGAGGAUACGAGUGGAGUGGCAGGACUGAGCAAAGGGAGUGUAGCUGGGGAGUCGUCUGGAAGCCCACGUGGCAGUAGUGAGAGCGGUAGCGUGGAGGGAGGUUCAGCAUCCAAAGAAGCGUCAGGAGAUGCGGACAGCGAUGGGGGAGCUGGUGGCGUUAGUAGUGAAGGCUCAGGUGGAUUUUCAGGUGUUUCUUCAGCGGAUGUUCCAGGAGAGGCAGCGGCAGCAGUUGCAGGAUCGAAGGACCAUGCGAGCAGUGAGGAGGAAGGAGAAGGUGCUGGAAAAAGCAAAGCUGGAGAGGAGAGCAACGAAGGUGGCUCUGUUCCUGCUGCUGCAGAAGCAGCUGAUUCCACUGGCAGCCCUGGGGUUUCCGCUGCUGGCAACGCUGCUGCUGCUUCUCUCCCUGCCCCAGCCACGGCAGCUGCUCCCAGUUCAGCGAGCGAACAGGGAGGGGUGCCAGGCGGUUCAGAUGGCGCGCUCGUCGCGAUGAUUCGGCGGAACGCGCGGUUGCGGCGCGAGUAUCUGUACCGCAAGAACCUGGAGGGCAAGGAGCGCGUGCAGUACGAGAAGAAGCUCAAGAUCCGCCAGGCGCUGCAAGAGGGCCGGCCGGUUCCCACGGAGCUGCGCAACGAGGCGUUGGCGCUGCGGGACGAGAUCGACCUAGAAGACGACUACACCGCGGAGCCACGGUCGCACGUGGAUGACGAGUAUGCGCGGGCGGGCGAGGAGGACCCGCGCGUGCUGCUGACCACGUCGCGCGACCCCAGCAGCCGCCUCACGCAGUUCGUGAAGGAGCUCAAGAUCGUCUUCCCCAACGCGCAGAGGAUCAACCGCGGAGGCCAGGUGAUCAAUGACAUAGUGGCAUCGGCGCGCAGCAGUGCGUUCACGGACAUCAUAGUGGUGCACGAGCACAGGGGGCAGCCCGACGGGCUAGUCGUCUGCCACCUGCCAUACGGCCCCACCGCCUACUUCGGCCUCCUCAACGUGGUGACGCGGCAUGACAUUCAGGACAGAGCAGCCAUUGGCACCAUGUCAGAGGCAUACCCACACCUCAUUCUCGACAAUUUUUCCACCAAGCUGGGGCAGCGCACGAGCAACAUUCUCAAGUAUCUCUUCCCCGUGCCCAAGCCUGACUCCAAGCGUGUCAUCACGUUCGCCAACCAGUCUGACUAUAUCUCCUUCCGACACCACGUAUACGAGAAACCUCAAGGACCCAAGUCUCUACAGCUCAAGGAAGUCGGGCCUAGAUUUGAGCUCCGGUUGUACCAGAUUAAGUUGGGAACAAUGGACCAGCCAGAGGCUGAGAACGAGUGGGUGAUUCGGCCAUAUAUGAAUACAGCCAAGAAACGUACCCUUUUCGUCCGCCGUGGAGUUAUCUCCGCAGUCGCCGCGGGAGUGGCGGGAGCCGCCGGUUCAAACAAGACCCGCCUGGCGCGAGCGGCGGAACUAGCGCAAUGGCUCGCCUCCGCGGGCUUCCCAGCGCAACCUGUUGCGCCCGCGGACGCCGGAGCGGCUGGGAUCGGGCUCGCCGCCAAGGAGCCAAUCAAAAAGGGCCAAGUGGCGCUGCGCGUGCCGGAGAAUUUUGUCGUGACGUCAGUCGACGUGGCGGAGCACCCGGUGGUGGCGAAGGCGGCGGAGGGACGUGGCGAUUUGGUCGGGCUGACUCUCUGGCUGAUGUGGGAGCGCUCUCAGGGCGACGCGUCGCUCUGGGCUCCAUACAUUCGCACGUUCCCGGAAGCCACGUCGUCGCCGCUGCUUUGGCCGGCAGACGACCGGCAGCGGCUGCUUGCCGGCACGACGAUCGCCAGCGAAAUUGACGGUCGGGUGGCGGAAAUGGAAGCAGUUUACAGCGUUCUUAAAGCCACGCAUUUUGACGCGGACCCUAAUACCUUCCCGACCUCCCCCGCCUCCGCUCCUUUUUCUCUCGAGUCGUUUAAGAAAGCCUUUGCAGUGGUGCUGUCGCGUGCCGUGUACCUCCCCUCGGUCGACUUAUUCGCUUUUAUUCCCUUGGCGGAUCUAGUAAACCACUCGCCCGCACCGUCUAAUCCGGCUAUUCCUCCGCCCUCCUCUUUCGAUUUUGACCCGGCGUCGCAAUGCGUGGUUCUUCGUUCCCACAUCGAUCUCUCCUCCGGCGAUCCUCUCCUCGCAUCGUACGGCCCGGAUCGCACCCCGGCGGAUCUCCUCCUCACGUACGGCUUCGUGCCGCGCUCCUCGCCGUCCGAUUUCAUCCUGCUGCCGGUCUCGCUCGUUCCCGGUGACCCGCUGCUGGAAUUUAAGCGGCAGAUUCUAAACGAUCAGGGUCUGUCUGUAUCGGAGAUGUUUCCGCUUUUCACGGACCGCUUUCCACGCCAGCUGAUCUCGUUCAUGCGGCUCGCGCGACUCCAGGACGCGGCGCAACUCGCGGGAAUCAGCUUCGAGCGCGAUGUGAUGCUAUCAGAGGCGAACGAGUACGAGGCGCUGCAGAUCCUGCUGCGUGACUGUAACGAUCGGCUCGCGGAAUUCCCGCAGACUCUCGAGGACGAUCUCAGGUUGCUCAAUCUCGGCUCCGCCGUUUCCGCCGGCGCCGCCGCCGCUGCCGCGGAGGCGAAUGCUAACAGCAGCAGCGGGGGCGGGGUUUUCGGAGGGCUUUUCGGGGGUUUUGGCGGGGGGCAGCAGCAGAAGCAAGAUGUGAGUGAAGCCGAACGGGCAUCAGCUGCUGCUGCAGCAGAGGCAGCCGCAGCAGAGGAGCGAGAAAUGCUUGCAGCAGCGCUAAGGGCGCGGGAGAAGCAAAUUUUGGCCAAUACCGUUACCGCGUUACGCACUAGGCUGGCGCCGAUCCGGGGGCUGCCGAGCAAGCAGGGCAUGGAUGACCCGAACGAGGAGAUUAAAGCCAUGUUUGGAAUUAUGGAGGCGGGGUUCUCUGCGCCGACCAAGCUGUUUUCAGACCUGAUGAAACGGAAGAACUCGCCUUAG